AUGGCGGGCGCCAGGCCCGGCGUCCACGCGCUGCAGCUGGAGCCGCCCACCGUGGUAGAGACCCUGCGGCGCGGGAGUAAGUUCAUCAAAUGGGACGAGGAAGCCUCUAGUCGGAACCUGGUGACCCUGCGUGUGGACUCCAAUGGCUUCUUCCUGUACUGGACAGGGCCCAACAUGGAGGUGGACACCCUGGACAUCAGCUCCAUCAGGGACACGCGGACAGGUCGCUAUGCCCGCCUGCCCAAGGACCCCAAGAUCCGAGAGGUGCUGGGCUUCGGAGGUCCUGAUGCCCGGCUGGAAGAAAAGCUAAUAACGGUGGUGGCUGGCCCAGACCCCGUGAACACGACGUUCUUAAACUUCAUGGCUGUGCAGGACGACACAGCCAAGGUCUGGUCUGAGGAGCUGUUCAAGCUGGCUAUGAACAUCCUGGCUCAGAAUGCCUCCCGGAACACCUUCCUGCGCAAAGCAUACACGAAGCUGAAGUUGCAGGUGAACCAGGAUGGGAGGAUUCCAGUCAAGAACAUCCUGAAGAUGUUCUCAGCAGACAAGAAGCGGGUGGAAACUGCGCUGGAAUCCUGUGGCCUCAAUUUCAACAGGAGUGAGUCAAUCCGGCCUGAUGAGUUCUCCUUGGACAUAUUUGAGCGAUUCCUGAACAAGCUAUGUCUGCGGCCGGACAUCGACAAGAUCCUGCUGGAGAUAGGUGCCAAGGGGAAGCCAUACCUGACCCUGGAGCAGCUCAUGGACUUCAUCAACCAGAAGCAGCGCGACCCGAGACUCAAUGAAGUGCUGUACCCACCGCUGCGGCCCUCACAGGCUCGGCAGCUCAUAGAGAAGUAUGAGCCCAAUCAACAGUUCCUGGAGCGAGACCAGAUGUCCAUGGAAGGCUUCAGCCGCUACCUGGGAGGGGAGGAGAACGGCAUUUUGCCCCUGGAGGCCUUAGACCUGAGUGCAGACAUGACUCAGCCGCUGAGCUCCUACUUCAUUAACUCCUCACACAACACGUAUCUCACCGCGGGGCAGCUGGCCGGGACCUCGUCGGUGGAGAUGUACCGGCAGGCACUGCUAUGGGGCUGCCGCUGUGUGGAGCUGGACGUGUGGAAGGGACGGCCCCCCGAGGAGGAGCCUUUCAUCACUCAUGGUUUCACCAUGACCACUGAGGUGCCGCUGCGGGACGUGCUUGAGGCCAUCGCUGAGACCGCCUUCAAGACCUCGCCCUACCCUGUCAUUCUGUCCUUCGAGAACCACGUGGACUCGGCAAAGCAGCAGGCCAAGAUGGCUGAGUACUGCCGUUCUAUUUUCGGGGAUGCUCUGCUCAUUGACCCUCUGGACAAGUACCCGCUGGCCCCAGGCGUCCAGCUGCCCAGCCCCCAGGACCUGAUUGGACGAAUCCUAGUGAAGAAUAAGAAGCGGCACCGGCCCAGCACCAGUGUCCCUGGCAGCUCCGUGCGCAAGCGGACGUUGGAGCAGAGCAACUCAGUCCUGAGCGAGAGCUCGGCUGCCACGGAGCCCUCCUCGCCCCAGCUUGGGUCUCCCAGUUCCGACAGCUGUCCAGGCCUGAGCAACGGGGAGGAGACGGGGCUUGAGAAACUCAGCUUGGAGCCCCGGAAGUCUCUGGGUGAAGAGGGGUUACGUCGGGGGCCUGAUGCUCUUGGGCCUGCCGACCGUGAGGAUGAAGAGGAAGAUGAAGAAGAGGAGGAGCAGACGGACCCCAAAAAGCCAACCACAGAUGAGGGCACAGCCAGCAGUGAGGUCAAUGCCACUGAAGAAAUGUCCACUUUGGUGAACUACAUUGAGCCUGUCAAGUUCAAGUCCUUCGAGGCUGCUCGCAAGAGGAACAAAUGCUUUGAGAUGUCAUCCUUCGUGGAGACAAAGGCCCUGGAACAACUGACUAAGAGCCCCAUGGAGUUUGUGGAGUACAACAAGCAGCAGCUCAGCCGAAUCUACCCCAAGGGCACUCGUGUGGACUCGUCCAACUACAUGCCCCAGCUCUUCUGGAAUGUGGGCUGCCAGCUGGUUGCACUCAACUUCCAGACCCUGGAUGUGGCCAUGCAGCUCAACGCUGGCGUGUUUGAGUACAACGGGCGCACUGGCUACCUGCUCAAACCUGAGUUUAUGCGGCGGCCAGACAAAUCCUUCGACCCCUUCACUGAAGUCAUUGUGGACGGCAUCGUGGCCAACGCUUUACGGGUCAAGGUCAUCUCAGGACAGUUCCUGUCGGAUAGAAAGGUGGGCAUCUACGUGGAGGUGGACAUGUUCGGUCUGCCUGUUGACACGCGGCGCAGGUACCGCACGCGGACCUCACAGGGGAACUCGUUCAACCCCGUGUGGGAUGAAGAGCCCUUCGAGUUCCCCAAGGUGGUGCUGCCUACACUUGCUUCACUGAGGAUUGCAGCCUUUGAGGAGGGGGGCAAGUUUGUGGGACAUCGGAUUCUACCUGUCUCCGCCAUCCGCUCAGGGUAUCACUACGUUUGUCUUCGGAACGAGGCCAACCAGCCGCUGUGCUUACCGGCCUUACUAGUUUAUACUGAGGCUUCUGACUACAUCCCGGAUGACCACCAGGACUACGCCGAGGCGCUGAUCAAUCCCAUCAAGCACGUGAGCCUAAUGGAUCAGAGAGCCAAGCAGUUGGCCGCCCUCAUUGGGGACAGCGAGGCCCAGGCUGGCUCUGAGAAGAACCAGGAGCCCCAGUCCCAGCAGUUGGGGAUCCAGCUGUCCCCGAACCCCACAGUUAGCUCAUUGGACAUCUCCCCCCGCCGGCCCCCAGGUCCUUCCACCUCCCCGACCAGCCCCUCCUACAGCAGCCCAGGCCAGCGGGAUGAUCUCAUUGCCGCCAUCCUUGCAGAGGUGGCCCCGACCCCGACUCCGCUGGAGGAGCAUCGAGGUCACAAGGCACUGGUGAAGCUGCAGAGCCGGCAGGAGCGUGAGCUGCGGGAAAUCCUCAAGAAGCAUCAGCGGAAACUCUUGGCUGCCUCCCGCCGGUCCCUCAACAGCCUGACCCAGGCCCGGGCCGAGGGCAGAGGCCGGCGCAGGUGGGGAGCCUCGGGGGCUACUGAGGAGGAGGACGAGGAGGAGGUGAAACGGUACCAGGAGUUCCAGGAAAGGCAGGUGCAGAAUUUGCUGGAGCUGAGGGAGGCUCAGGUGGCUGUAGAGACUGAGCGGAGGAUGGAGCAUCUGAGACAGGUUCAGCACCGGCUCAGGGAGGUGGUCCUGGAUGCCCACACAACUCAGCUCAAGAAGCUAAAGGAGCAGAAUGAGAGAGAAAAGAAGGAACUACAGAAAAUCCUGGACAGGAAACGCCAUAAUAGUAUCUCGGAGGCCAAGACGAGGGAGAAAUCUAAGAAGGAGGUGGAAUUUACAGAGAUUAACCGUCGCCAUAUCACUGAGUCGGUCAACUCCAUCCGCCGGCUGGAGGAGGCCCAGAAGCAGCGACACGACUGCCUGGUGGUUGGGCAGCAGCAGGUCCUACAGCAGCUGGCAGAGGAAGAGCCCAAGCUGCUGACCCAGCUGAUGCAGCAGUGUCAGGAGCAGCGGGCGAGGCUGCCCCAGGAGAUCCGCUGGAGCCUGUUGGGCGAGACAUCGGAGCAGCUGCUGGGGGACAGGCAUGUGGUGGCCUCUGCCAGCAAUGGCCAUGCUCCCGGCGGCAGCAGCAGCCACCUGUCGGGCACUGAGUUGGAGAGCCUGGAGGAAAAUACUAAGCUCUAA